ACAAGAAGAAGAAGAAUGUCCUCGGCGCUCGCCGUAGUGACGUCAGACCCAAACAAGGAACGGAUUGCCAGUGAUUACUCCCCGGCCUGAAAGUGUGUUAUUUCGGAUCGUGGUUAACUUUUAGAAGAUGUCUCAGGACCCCUGGUUGCAGAACUACGACGCCACUUGCCGCCUGGCUCAGGAGAUAGCAGAGAACAUCCAUGAGAGGAACCGGCAGCAAAGAACGGGGGGAAACCCUGCAAAGGUCAACAUGACGUUGCGAGCGUCCCUUCAGAAACUCAAACAGAACAUUGCUCAGCUCAAAGAGGGCCUGUUGAGGAGCUCCUCAUCUCGGCGCAUAAUGCAGUCUGAAGCCGACAGGAGGCAGAACCUGAUCGACGAGCUGCUAACCAGAGAGAAGCGGCUCAACGCCUCCUUCAAACGAGACGCCGCAGAGCCUGAACCAUCCAGAUCUACGCUGAUGGACGGCGGAGGAGCUGCUGCAGGCGGAGGCAACACGGCUAACCCUUGGCUCAUCAACGAGUCAGAGGAGACCAGGGGGCUGUCCUUUGGGGAGAUUAAACAGCAGCAGCAGAGAAUCAUUGAAGCUCAGGACCAAGGCCUGGAUGCUCUAGCAGCCGUCAUCAGCCGGCAGAAGAUAAUGGGCCAAGAGAUCGGCAAUGAGCUGGAGGAACAAAACGAAAUCAUCGAUGACCUUGCACAUCUCGUGGACAAGACUGACGGCAGGAUCCGAAACGAGACUCGAAGAGUGAAGCUGGUGGAGACGAAGUCAGCGUCAUGCGGGAUGCUGGUGGUGAUCGUGCUGCUGCUCAUAGCCAUCGUCGUCAUCGGUGUGUGGCCCAUGUAGCUGAUGGAUGCUCCUGCUGUGGACAGCUCCCAGUUCAAUACAGAAAACCAGUUUCAAUCUCGUUCUGAUUUUUUUUCCAUCUAAUUUCUGAGCACUGAAACUAAAAUAAAGUUUUUGUUUAACAGCAUCGAUGCUUGUUUUUGUCCCGCGGGCUGAAGAGACCUGCAGACGUUUUUUGCUCUGUCCUGUAAAUACUGUUGGCUUAUAAAUAUUUCUUUACUUGAAGAUAAAUGAUUCAUCUAUCUGUUUUACAUCUCAUUUAUUUACCCAUGCAUUACUGUAGCAGCUGUAAUUAUAUCUAUGUUAGGAAUUUCUAAUGUCCAUUGAACAGAUCGUAGGCAGAGCUAACAGCUUCUUAAAUCCACUCUGCUUGUAAUUUCUAAUAAAUGUAAU